GGUGUGCACACUGUCUGUCCCAUCCUCGCAACUUCCAGGCGACUCCUCUCCGAUUUGACUUUUACCACUUUAUCUACAGUGUAACAGCAUCGGAUGUUGUGCUCUCUAACUUCCCGCAGCUUUACUGACAUUAAAUUCGGUGCUCAACAGCCGAGGAGAGACGGUGAAUUUACUGUUAAUGGAAGACAUCUGAGACGGAGGGCUUAUUCUGCCCACUCAUUAAUUACCAUGUCCGACACCGCUGAAGAUUAUGGAUGUACUGACAGAACAUCUGUUUGGCUUUACUAAACUACCAGCACUUAACUGAUGGAGUUUAAAACCACUUUCCCUCCUUUUGAACUUGUAGUUCUCAAGUGAUGGACGGCAGAAAAUCGACAAGGACUUUCGCACCUGAUUGUGCAGCUCUUGCCAACACAUGAAAGGAAGAAACAUGUUUCCUCUGGUGAAAUCCCGGAGCUUAUCAGACAGCAGCAGGGCCAUGGGGAUCAGAAACGGGACAAAAAUCCAACGUCACGCCAAACCCAUCUCGAAAAUAUAUUUCAUUUUUAUUCUGCUCCUGCUCAUUUUCACCCCCAGAGUGGAUUCAUCGUGGUGGUACAUCGGCGCGCUGGGUGCUCGGGUGAUCUGCGACAACAUUCCAGGCCUGGUGAACAAGCAGCGGCAGCUGUGCCAGCGGCACCCGGACCUGAUGCAGUCCAUCGGUGAGGGAGCCAAAGAGUGGAUCAGAGAGUGCCAGCACCAGUUCAGACACCACCGCUGGAACUGCAGCACGCUGGACCGGGACCACACAGUAUUUGGCAGGGUGAUGCUGCGAAGCAGCCGAGAGGCAGCGUUCGUGUACGCCAUCUCUUCAGCAGGAGUGGUCUACGCCAUAACCAGGGCCUGCAGUCAGGGGGAGCUAAAGAUCUGCAACUGCGACAGCCAAAAGCGAGGACGAGCUAGCGAUGACAAGGGCAAUUUCGACUGGGGUGGAUGCAGCGACAACAUCAACUAUGGCAUAAAGUUUGCAAAGGCUUUCGUAGACGCUCGAGAGAGAAUGGUGAAAGACGCUCGAGCACUGAUGAACCUGCACAACAAUCGGUGCGGUCGGAUGGCAGUGAAGCGCUUUAUGAAGCUGGAGUGCAAGUGUCAUGGGGUCAGUGGCUCCUGUUCUCUGAGAACCUGCUGGCUGGCAAUGUCUGACUUCAGGCGAACUGGAGACUACCUUCGCAAGAAGUACAACACAGCCAUCGAGGUGACCAUGAACCAGGACGGGACAGGCUUUAUGGUGGCUGACAAGGACUUCAAGGGAAGCACCAAGAAUGAGCUGGUGUAUGUCGAGAACUCACCAGAUUACUGUCUCAUGGACCGCACAGCAGGCUCCCUGGGCACAGCAGGCAGAGUGUGCAACAAGUCCUCUAGAGGCACUGAUGGCUGCGAGGUCAUGUGCUGUGGGCGGGGCUACGACACCAUGCGUGUCAAACGUGUCACCAAGUGUGAGUGCAAGUUCAAGUGGUGCUGCGCUGUUGAGUGCAAUGACUGCGAGGACGUCGUGGAUGUUCACACCUGCAAGCCUCACAAGCGACCUGAUUGGUUGGACAUAACCUAACGAGGAGACCUGCCCAAUCACAGUUUCCACUGACUCAUUAACCUGUGCGCUAAAAAACUGCAUUUUAUUAUGGGAUAUACAUUUGGCAUCUCUUAACUGUAAUACCUCUGUCUUUUGAUCAAUGGACACUUCCUGGAGCAGAGAUUCACAGACCUUGAUGCUAAACUGGAAAUUAGACCCAGUUAACUGAUCGUGUGCUGCUUUAAUAAGUGUUUCUAAGAACAAUUUGUUGUGCUUUUUUAAGACAAACUUUGGAUCUUUGAUACAAAAUGGCUGAAUAUUAUACUAUACUGUUGUAAAUGCACCAUUGGUUAAUGCAGAGAUAUGAGGUAACGUUUAUGUUUAUUAUGUAAAGACUGUGUGUAAUAGUAAUAUUUAGCCUGAAGAGAGCAAGAUGAAGAAAGAUGGAAAGAUCUUUGGAGAUACUGUAAAAACACUGACAUUGUAUCAUUUAAAAUGAUAAUCAUGUCGUUGUAUGGUACUGCAACAAAUCAUACAAAAUACAAAAAGACAGUUGCUGCUAAAAAGUGCAACUCUAAUGAACUAACAAAAAGUCAAAAGGAGCUUAACUAAAGGUUCCUGCUAUAAUAAAGCCAGACAAUCACACUGUGAACACAAAUGAACCACAAACAGGAGAACAGGCAAGGACUUUGAGAUACAGUGGCAGCAUAAAGUGCUGCAGAGCAGAAUUUUAGCAAGUUCUCGGGAGAAAGAGGACACACCGACAGGAAAAAUGAAGCUGAAUAUGGACUUUGGACUGUUAUCUGAAAGGAUCACCUUUUUCAUACAGUAUCCCACACGUUUGACUAUCUGAUUGGUCUAACACAUUCUGGCUGUGUUGCCUUGUGGAAAACUUCAUACUUUCUACCUCUGGUUCUUUGUCUUUGUUUCCAUUUUUUGUUUCAGCGGUACACUGACAGCUUUAAACAAUAGUCCUUAGGCCAUGUUCAGACGGCACUGCUUAAAAACAACAGACACCCCUCAUUCAUUUCAAUUAGGCCACUGCUGCAAAAAAAUGUAGAGAUGUCCAGUAAAAACGUUGGAUCUGUCUUAAGUUUUGUGGCAACAGAAUGCAUUUUUUCAGGCAGACACUGCGUAGGCUGAUCAUCUACAUGCAAGUGCACAUUCAGUACAAUUUACUUAAUGUGAAAUUCUGUUUACCUGAUGAUCGACAUGAAAGAGGAUAAAAUUAUUUUUUACAUGAUGACUUUCCAAAGUUGUCAAAUUCAAUGUCAGAGUAUUACAAACUGCUGUGCAGUGAUUUGGUGUCUGAUAUGUCUACAAACUCCUGGAUUUAUUAUUUAAAACUGCCCUUUGUACAUCCAUACAUACAUGAGUACCUUAAACAACAUGCCCCCACCAGCGCAACUCCCACACUGCUUUUUUUAAUCUGAACAUCUGGUUAGCUAAAAUACCUGCAGCCUUUGUUGUUUGGAAAGAUUUGGCUUCUAGCAGUUUCUCAUGGUCAUAGUUAUUUCUUAAUUUUAAACAAGAAGCAUUCUUGUUGUGAUGAAUGUUCAUGAUGUCGGUAACUUAUGGUGGCACAUGGAGCUCAUUUUUAAUUGGUUUAAUUGGUUUUUAAUUAGCUUCAUUGCUGCCAUCUUUCAGAGACACCGCAGCUGUGUCUCACGGUUUACGCUGCUGAUAAUGUAAUGCUUCUUCCCUUAAACUACAAGGCUUUUGUACAUAAAAUAAGUGUCACAACAUUUAAAUGCUGCUAUAUUUUCAUAGAUCCUAACAAAAACUGAACCGCAAGAUAUGUACUGUAAGCUGGGGAUCUUAAUCAUACAGGAAGAUAUUAAAAAGUUUCUGCUUUCUGCUUAUGAGAGCUUAAAUCUGUAAAAUGUCCUAAGCUGAUUUUUUUUCCCCCUCUUUGCUUGCUCCUCAUUACAAAGCCCAGCAGAGCAUGUUUCUUCUGUCAUCGUAUUGUGACAGAAUGCAGUCUUAAGCAACUGUGCUUUCAGUCCUUUGUGUGCAUAUUCACUGGCUCUGACUGCUUUGUAAGAAGUGAAGUAUUUCAUGAAACUGGGCCAAGCCGUUGCAGAAAGAGCAGAGAAGUAGCUGCAGACCCUGAAUUUGACUUUUAAACAUCUGGUAAUGCAGCCAGACAUCAUGUUGGGCCACUGGAGACACAACCCUCAGAGGGGUUUAUAGAUCUAAAUGAAUCUGACAACAAGCUGUGGAUGCUGAGAAUCAACACAUUUUUUCAAGUCCACGUAAUGAAGAGGGGAGCCAAAGUAAAGUGCUUUGAACAAGACCAAAUGACACACCAUGUCAAACGUUCACAAGUCAAAAGUUAAUUGCAAACAAAGGAGCCUGUUUUUAAUGUAAAUGAAGAGUAUGUUGGCUGUGUUUUUAUUAAAGAUUAGAAAGGUGAGAGCUGUUCACACACAGCGGGGGCAGACCUGGGCCUGUGCUGCUCUGGCCCUCAAAAAUUCAUAUUUCAAUUCCCCAGUUUGGCUGAGCAUAAGAAAGCACACCACUGCUGAUUUCAGUCAGUUAUGAAAUUUAACA